GAAGCGAGCGACGUGACGAGACUUUUAUCGCGUCGACGACCCUAUCUGCACGAAUAUAUGUACAGAAUAAAUGCGCGCGCGCGCGCGCACGCCGGGUAUGCGUAUAUAUAACGGAUAACGCCGUCGUCGUCCCCCGUCCUUGUCGCGCACGUUGCGAUCAUGAUAUUCUCGCCCAUUUUUCUCGCUAGCAUUUUCAUCGCACGCUCGAAUUACGUGAGAGAGAUGACGCGUGCCCGAUACGAGUGCGAGUGCGGCGAAUCGCGUAAUCGAUCUUCCAGUUUAGCGAUACUGGCCGCGCGUAACCUCUAAAUACGCCGCAGAAAAAGAGCGCUCAACAUAACCUACAAUAAUCUGCGUACUUCACGUACGUAACGUAGUUUUUUCCUUUCUUUUUAUUUUUCUAUCGGGUUCGUCGGGUUUCGUUUUUUGCGUCCCCGCAUCCGUUUUCAUCCUUAUUCUUAUUCGUUCCCUUCGAUUGUUCCUCGUGGCUCAUAAAGCAGAUAAAAAAAAAUUAAAAAAAUAAAUAAAUAAAGAGACCAAAGUGCGCGCCGUCGACAAUUCGCGAGUGGAAGCCACGAUCGACAUUAUCUGACUUUAUCACAGAUCUUCAUCGAUCUUCUUCCUGGAUAACACGAAACGUCGACGAUGAAGCGAGAUAGUUAGGAGAUGUUGUCAGUUACAAACGGUACGGUCGCCUAUAAUCGGUGGAUUAUGUUAUAUAGGAGGUAGACUUAGGUAAAAUGUCUCGCAGCUUGCCAGACAGGGUGGCCGGGCUCUACUAUGCCCACGGCCUAUUCUGCUCCUCUCAUCCAAUUAUUAUACUCUCGCUCGCAAUCUCGGUUUUGCUAUUUUGCUGCUAUCCGCUUGUCAAUCUGCCUAUCCCGGGAAAUGCUCCAAAAACUUUAAUAAACAACACCGUCGUACCAGCGAACGAUACAGAAACUACAGUAUUGUACGUUCAACAAGUAGUGCUAAGAAUCGGAGUAAUGCCAUGGACUGAAGAUUUAACGCUGAUGGAUGCCUUUCGAGGACCUCUCUACGAAGUAUUCAAUCUCUUGGAGAUCAUACAGAACUAUCAACAUCCAGAAACAUUCAAGACACUUGGCCAAGUAUGUUUGCAUAUCGAAGCGGUAAAAAGACGAAAUGGCAAGAAAGCAGAAGUAUUACCAGAAUACAACUGUCUUGUCCUGUCACCUGCAAAUCUGUGGCAACAAAGUAUGGAAUUGUUUGCUCAAGAUACAAACCUCAUUAAUACAAUAUUUUCUUAUCAGAAUCUUCAGAGAGGUAAAAUAAGUCUCGCAGAAGUAAUGUUUGGAAUGAGUUUGAAAGAAACGGGCGUAAAGAGAUAUCCUGCUCGCAUUCGUCAGAGAAUUCUCCAAUAUGCUGUAACUAUUUAUUUAAAUAAAUAUGAUCAAGAAUUUAUAAAAGGGUUGCAGCAUCGAUUGAAAACUUAUUAUCAUCUUCAUCAAAAUGUUGGCAAUAACACGGACGAUGAUGCGCACGAUGAAGUAUUGAAUAUUUUCUACCCUGGUGAAUUCAAUUAUAAUGAAUUCUUUCCAUUGAUGAUGACCUUCCUGGCCUUAUUUUUCUAUGAAUAUUUUCAAGUACGGAAAAUAGAACUUGUCAAGUCUAAACUGGGCAUUGCGUUUAGUGCUACUGUGACAGUGAUGGGUUCGCUAUCUAUGACAGUGGGUGUGUGUUUUUUCUUCGGUUUGACUUUGAGUAUGAGUGCCAAAGAAGUGUUUCCGUACUUGGUGAUUAUUUUUGGCCUUGAAAAUGUUCAGGUCUUGACAAAGAGUGUCGUCAGCACGCCCGCGCAUCUGGACAUGAAAAUACGCGUCGCUCAAGCUCUAUCAAAGGAGGGAUGGUCCAUUACAAAGAAUCUACUCACGGAAGUAACAAUUCUAACUAUCGGACUAUUCACUUUUGUUCCUGCUAUUCAGGAAUUUUGCAUAUUUGCCAUCGUUGGACUACUGAGUGACUUUUUCUUGCAAAUGGUAUUCUUCUCGACCAUUCUUGCGCUCGAUAUCCGACGUACAGAGCUAUCCAGCGAGAAUUCCAAGUUUCACUUGUCACACAUCCCGCCAUCACGCAGGCAACAGUUCACCACUACUAUUACUAAUAGAAAACCUCACAUCUUCCGCUCCAAGUCUCAUCCGAGAUUGAAUGGUCUAUCUACUGGUCCGACGAAUAUUAUCGCCCCAAAUACACAAAAUACUCAUACACUGGGCAAAAUCCCCAAGCGUUUGAGAUUGGUGCACAUUUGGGCGCGAACGCGAAUCUUCCAGCGUGCAUUCAUGGUAUGGAUGGUCGUGUGGAUCAGCAUGACUAUCAAUAAUUCUGGAAUAAUUGAGCAUGUGAUACACUUGAGUGAGACGUUAAAACCAGAAGCUGAUAUUGAUGGAUAUACAAUAGAUAAACCUCAACCGUUGAACAAUUAUGUUGAGUUAAAUACAGUAACACCAAUAUCCGUGUCACCGGCGACUAUAGCACCAGAUAAAUUGAAUGGACAGGAUAUAACGAAUAACGCGACCGAAGAAUUGAACAAGUUAAGGCCAAUGGAUUUUCCACCUUGGAAUAGUUUAUCAUUGUACCAUUGGUCCUCGAUUCUUUCGAUGUAUAAUGUAUCAAUUGCCGGUGGACGAGUGACUAUACUUCCGACAAUAAAGCUAUCACAUGCAGUGAAUCCACAAUUAGUGAAACAAAUAAGCAAUCCGAAUGAUGUUCAGCACUUUCAAUGGCAGAGUCUUGCUACCGCCGCGCUCGAUCCUUUGGAUUUUUCCGAUAUGGAAGUACGCUCGAGAUCGGAGGGACGCGUAUUCAAUACGGAUGCGCCUUUUGUACCGUCGAGUCCAAUGGAGAUAUUUUUGGCCGCAGUACUGUGUCUUAUUAGCGUAAUCGUGGUCGCUUACACGAUGGUCGUACUCUAUCGUUGUAUCUGCUCCAGAAAUUACGCAGAGUGGCGAGCUAGUUGGAAUAAGCAAGAAAAGACGCAUGAUUCUGUUACUCAGCUAGUGCUGGAGGCAGUACCCUUAGUUUUGGAAGGCCAUAUUCAAGAAGUGGAAUGUAUCGCGACGGACGGUAAUACCGUUGCUAGUACUUGUCUAGCGGGUCACAUCAGGGUAUGGGACUCGACAUCCGGUGAGGAGCUGGCGCAUAUCGAUAGACGGCAAUUCUUCAUCGGUCCGCAGAAAACUUUGAGCCACACAUCACCGGAUGCUGACGAAUUAAUGUCAGACUACGAGAGCGGUUCGCCGCCUUCCAGAGGAGAGAUGGAAACUGCGCAAUCGAUGGGACUUUAUUCACCGGUUUCGGCGAUGUAUCAAAGAAAGUUAUUUCCUGCUUACAACGCGCAGAGAGUUGUUAAUAAUAACAAUCACAAAAGGCGAUCUAUAGGAAAUACGCUGGAUUACGAUUAUCAGAUCACUGAAUUUGGUAGCGACUCUAAGCAGAGGCUGUUACGUCGAAGCUUAGAUAGCGCCUAUGAUCUUCCCGAUUUGAAACCUGCGAUCAAUACUAAAUUCUCAUCCAUAAAAUAUAUGCCCUUGCAAAAAAACUACGAUCAAGGCUUCGACUUCGGCGAGCGAUAUAAGAUUUUACUGGAGAAACAUAAUAAAUCGGUCGAGGAAAUGCAAAAUUCUGAAACUAGGGAACAGUUGAACGUUUUCCCCGCGAGAUUAAAUAACUCAGUUGGCAGCACGACCUCCAUAAUUACAGAUCGCACGAUACAAUCGUCGCAUAUCGCAUCGGCGAUUUGGUGUAUGGAUUAUCAAGAAAAUCUCAUAGUGGUUGGAUGCGCUAACGGCAGUCUAGAAUUCUGGGAGGGUACGACUGGUAGAUUUAAGUGUCUCUUCGAUGACGGAUCGGGACUUGGAAUUUCUGCAGUUAAACUUGUCGGUAGCAGAGUAGUAGCAGCUAAAUUGAACGGUACGGUCGAUUUUCUGCAACUCGAAAGUUACAGCGAAGGCCAGCAGAUUGAUUGGGGCUUCACAUCCUAUAGAAGAACACAUGUGCGAACAGGUAGUGCUGGUUCACCCAUGGAUCUAAAUAAUACUAUGCAUACAGAGGAAGAUCUGCGCUGCAUGAAAAUUGGCUCUCAUAGAGCGCAUCAACAAGCGAUCACCGUCCUAGACAGCGAAGGUGGACGUGUAUUAACUGGUAGUCAGGAUCAUACCUUGAAAGUAUACAGAUUAGAGGAUCAACUGCCUCUGUAUACGCUUCAUGGACAUUGCGGUCCGAUAUCAUGUCUAUUUAUCGACAGACUCAGUCCCAUGACAUCCGGUAGUGGAUCUCAGGAUGGAUUACUGUGUGUGUGGGAUCUUUUGACAGGAACAUGCAUGUAUAGUAUUCAAGCUCACGAUGGCGCUAUAGCUGAUAUUACAUGUUCGGUAUCGUAUGUGAUAAGUAUUGGAACAGAUGAAAGAUUAUGUGUCUGGGAGCGUUUUCAAGGGCACUUACUACAUACUUUACCAGCCCAUAAAGCGGCUUACAAUUUACAAUUAGUGAUGCUGACACAUCAUCUUCUCAUAACUAGUAAUCAGGGAUCAUUAGUAGUUUGGGAUGUAAGGACGGGUGAGCCUGUGCGAGAAGUAAGAUUGGGUCAUAAAGACAGUUGCAUUUUCGUAAAACAGAUGUUGGCUUUGAGGGACAGCGUGGUUUGCGACUACGGCCGACAAUUAAGAGUAGUCAGAUUUCCAUUGGUGUCUGAUAAGCUCGAUUAAAUUCUCCGUAUACGCGCGUGUACAUAGCCAUUUUUCUUUACCAAGCGUUAUUCAAAGAAAAAGCGUCUUAUGUUAUUUAGUUUUUAGCUUUUAGAAACUUGGAAAUUUUUAUACAACAUAUAUCGUGGUAUUCUAAAGACACCGACGUAUAUUUUCGAUAUAAGUUUAUGUUUUCUGACUACACAUUGUGGCCAUUUUAGAUUGCACGACUUUCAUAUAAUCGCGAUACAUGUUUACAGGAAUAUAUUUCUUAACUGAGUAAAACAUAUAACUCACUAAAAUAUAAUCACUUUUUUUUUAUUUUUAUGCCAAAUCGUUGGUGCUGAUAACAAUAAUGAUAUCUAUAAACACCAAUUGAGAAGAUUAAAGAAAUGAAUGUAGUUACACAUAUAAUGUUGUGUAUAUUUUAUAUUUAGAAUUCUUUUUAUUUAAUUAAAUUUAAAAAAUGAUUUAAAACUUUUCAAUUGAAAAAUUGUGCUCGAUUACAAGCUCUUGAGACAAACAUCUUUUCAUUCUAGUAUUUUAUAACAUGCAUAGUGGCUGUGCUUCAUUUUGGAAUGCCUAUUAACUUUUGUUCUGUAAUAUAAAGGUGCUUCAUAUUCUCUAUUUAAACACUUUUAAUGUUUUUACGAUAAGUAACAUCGUAAUAACAUACAUGCAUUUGUAAAACCAGUGUUAUUCUUUAAUGCGUAGGUAUAAGACAUUCUAGCUCGAUAACGAUUAUGACAUAAUUAAAUAUGUAGCGACAAAUAGUUGUAAGUUUCUGUGACAUUUUAAAUAUUUCUACUCACUUUAAUGAAUAUAGAUUUUGAAAUUACACGGGAAUUAGUCGAAUGAUUUUUUUGAAUUGUUGAAUAAUAUAAUAACAUUGCAUUCAAUAACUAUAAAUAAACCAAAACUUAAAUCUGAGUCGUCAUAAAUGAAUAUAAAUAUUGUAUAGAUGAAAAUGAAAUAACCAUUGUUAUACAUCAAAGUUUUAAAAGUGCCUUUAUUGUAUUCGUCAUUUUCAUCUUUACGAGGAAAAAUUGAAUAAUUUACUAAAAUAAGAAUAAAUAACUAAUAUGAUAACAAAAAGAUAAAUCUCUAUAUAUUUAUUAUUAGAAGAAAAAGAAGAUUUAUUAUUACAUAAUAUAUAUUAAUUAUAUAAAAAUUAAACUUAGUUAAUUUAAUUUGAUAUAUAAUUAAAUUUAUUUAAUUAAAGAGAUUUUGAUUCUAAUACCAAGAUUACUUUAAAAAUUUAGAGAGAUUCUAACCAUGAUGUUAUUUAAAUGUUGGUUGGUGUUAUCGUUUAUGAUUAAUUUAUUUCAAGGGAUUGGAAUUACAUGAAUAUAUUAAUUACACUUGUGGGUUAUUUGUGCAUAUACUUUCAAUUGAUUCCAUUAAUUGGAUAUUUAUUUAUUGUCAUUGCACUUCAUUUUUGCGUUUUACACAAUUGUAAACACAAUUUUUUAAAGGGGAACAGUUUAAGCAAAAAUGACUGGUUUCUAAUUUAUUCAACUAUGUUUAUGUGUGUUAUUGUAGUAAUGUGUUACUGUAGUAAUGUAUUAUUAUGUCGAUAAGUACACGAAAAAAAAAGAUCUGCUUCUUUACUUGCUUUACUUAAUAUGGCAGCUGAUUUGUAAGAGGAGCGUAUAUAAUGUUAUAGAAAAGACCAUAGUUUGAGGGAGUACAUGCCGUUUCGAUUUGCUAUAUAUUAUUUUAUUUUCUUGCGAAUAAGCGGACUUGGAAGAAUAUAAUAGUGCUUGUCUUUAAUCUGUAUGUAUAGAGGGAUAAUCAACUUUAUUAAGGUAAAUGCGAGUACAUCGAUCUCCUUUCUCGACAGAAUGUUCUCAUAGUCGAAUAUAAGCAAAUGGAAAUUAACUCGAGAAUAUUGGCGUAUCGGAUAAUAAUGCGAGUAUCGCAUUGUAGAAACGCACAUAUUUUUUUCUUGAUUUUGUUUAUGUUAAAUAAUAUAUCUAUUACAGAUUUGUUCUCUCCCUUUUUAGCUGAACUGAAACGAAACAAAAUUGAAGAAGAUGUAUAUAUAUUUAGAAGCUGAAGAGAGAAAAAACUAAAAGUGCAAGCAAUUCGGCUAAAAAAAAACAAUUAUACACUAAAAAGAUAUUAUAAUUAGUAAAACAAUUCUUUUACAAUCAAAAUCUAUCCGUCAAAAUCUAUCUAUACGCCACUUUUCGCAAGUUAAUAAAACUUUAGACUGAUUGUACUCAAUAUGGCAAUUUUUAUUAAUAAAUAUUUAAUUUUUUAAUGUUCUCUAUGCGCGAGAGCGAAUCUACAAUCGCCGAAAGAAGGAAAAAGAACAACAUAGAUAUAUAUUUUUCCUAAGCAACUUUACAUCGCAAGCAUCACUACAAGAUUCAACUUUAUACUGGUGAAAAAUAAACGAACAAAAAGAAGACACAGGAUGUCCGAUAAAUCGUGGUGAGAGAGCUAUCUCCCGGGGGAAUAAAAAACAAACAAAUAAAUAACGGAAAUAUAAAAUAAAUAUUUUGAUAUAGUCUUCGAGAGAGAGAGAAAAAUAGUCUUGAAUAAAUGUAUAUAUAUAUAUAUAUAUAUAUAAAUACGUGUUUCUAUAUUUUUGAUUAUAAUAUUGUGCGCAUUGACUACAAUACAGUUCAUAAUAAAAAUUAGCGAUUGAGACAUUAAUUGUCACGAGUCGCCAACGAUUUAUUGAUCAUCCCGUAUUAUAAUAAAAUGCUCUCCUAGUAACAAUUGUUGGCUCGCUAAUGAUUAAAAAUCUGUGCGUGCGACUUUUAUAUUUAUUUAAUUAAUUUAAUACAAAUUUUCAUGCCAAUCGUAUGCAGAAUAUAUUAUUCUUAAUAAAUUGUCAUAUUUAAUGUA